CUGCGAAAACGACGUCGUUUUUAACCGCGAUAGAAAUCUCAGCGGCAAUUCUCCGCCACAUUGUACUCGAUUACGCAAUCGGACUAAGGUACAUAUCGAAAACCCUAGAUAAGUUCCGCUCGAUAGAUGGCUAGAGGAAGGGUGGGUUUUGCAGCUCGAAUUCCCCCAAUUUUCUGCUCGUCAUGGCGCUUUUGGUUCAUCCGCGAAUCUUCUGCGCUCCAGUUUGUCCGAAGGUAGCAUUUGCCGCGCGAAAAGCUCGGUUCCGAUUGUAUGCAGCAGGUGAGGCGGUCGACCCCGGCGCUGCUAUUGUCUGGUACAAGCAUGACCUUCGCGUCGAGGAUCACCCGGGGCUUGUGGCUGCCUUGAAGCACCGCUGUGUCGUGCCUCUUUACAUCUUUGAUCGCCGCAUUCUCUCGAGAUUUUCUGAGGAAAUGAUGGAACUUCUCCUCUUCGCUUUGGCGGAUUUAAGGAGGUUACUUCGGGAGCAGGGGUCGAAUCUCUUGAUCAAAUUUGGGAGAGCAGAAAGCGUCCUAUGUGAAUUGGUCAAAGAGAUCCAAGCAAGCAGCAUUUUUGUAGAAGAAGAGGUUGAGUAUGAGCUAUGCAGAUUGCUCGAUGUUAUUAAGGAGUCCUUAUCUGCUUCACAUUUCGUUGGAGAGAACCCUAAAAUUGUCACAUGGAGCACUCCGUUCUAUGAUUUUAAGAGUUUAACAGAUGUUCCAUCAUCAUUCAAUGAUUUCAGAAAGCUAAACCUUCCUGUCGUCUCCUAUCUCGAUCCCCCAACUUUACCUGUCAAUGCAAUGAAUUUUACAUGGGGUAGUCUUCCCACCCUGUCCGAUUUGAAAGAAUAUAUGGGCGAAUCUUCUGAUGAUGGCUAUAAGGAUAAGGAAUGGAUUUCACUUGAACAGUUUUCUGCCGAAAGUUUACUGCAAAAGAAGAAGUUAAAGAUAGAUACUAAGUCGACAUCAGGAAAUCAGCAAAGCUCAAGUGAUGUCACUGUCCGACGAAAGAAACCAGCAAAAUCAGCUUUCAUAACGAGUCAAGGGAACUCGGUGGGAGGUGGAUCCGAUCUUGUCUUAAAUGCUUUAACUGCAUACUUAAAAUACCUGGAAGGAACUGCCCAGGAUGAAUGGCAGGAGGUACAUGAAAAGCAACGCUUAGCUGAAGAACGUGAGGGAGCUUCAUUUCAAGCCCUUUUUGGUUCAGCACUUCUGCUUGGCAUUAUUACCAGAAGAAGAGUGUAUUUUGAAGCUAUUAAGUACGAGAAAGAACGAAAUGCGGGAUUUAUGUCGCCAUUCGGGUAUUCCACAACCACCGUAGCUGCUGCAAUCAAUACUGUGUCUUCUAUGGAGUGGUAUUGGCUUCUGAGUUUGAAAAGCCAAAGAAACAAUGAAGGCCAAUUUCCAAUUCGGAUUUGGCGAUGGAAAAAAUAUCUUGUCCAGUAUACGGUCGCUGGUCAAGAAGGUCCAGCCACUCUUCUUGUACAUGGUUUUGGAGCAUUUUUGGAGCACUACAGGGAUAAUAUAUAUCCUAUUGCCAAAGCAGGAAAUAGAGUUUGGGCACUCACUCUAGUUGGCUUUGGCAAAUCGGAAAAACCAAAUGUUAUUUACACUGAACUAAUGUGGGCUGAACUUCUCCGGGACUUCAUAAUUGAUGUUGUUGGCGAGCCUGUGCAUCUUGUUGGCAACUCAAUUGGUGGAUACUGUGUUGCUAUUGCUGCUGGACUUUGGUCUUCUUUAGCCAAGUCUGUCGUCCUUCUAAACCCUUCUGGAAAUAUUAUCCCGGGAUAUUCUGGUUUGCGAUAUUCACAAGAAAGACAAACUUCUGGAGCGGCAUGGUUGGGUGCUCGACUCCUAUUAUCGUACUUACGGUUCAGUAUCAAGAACACUCUGAGGAGUUUUUAUCCAACAAAACCCGAUCGAGCAGAUGAUCAGCUCGUGCAGGAGAUGAUUAGAGCCUCAUAUGAUCCUGGCGUCAUCUUUGUGUUGGAAAGCAUCUUCAGUUUUGAUCUUUCCCUCCCUCUAAAUGUUCUUUUGGAGGGAUUUGAGAAGAGGAUUCUUUUAGUGCAGGGUAUGAAUGAUCCAUUGCGUGACUCGAAGUCACUGUUGUCUAUGUUUAGAGAGCAUUGCAGAGGAGCCACAAUAAAAGAAAUCAAUGCUGGGCAUUGCCCCCACGAUGAGUUGCCAAAUGAAGUGAAUUCAAUAAUUGAGGAAUGGGUGCUCAACAUUGAAUCUCAAAUCACCCCUGUAGCUACUGUACCUGUAGCUGCCCCUUCACCAUAACACAAUACAUUCAUUCCAAUCCAUUUCAGAAUGGAUUGGAUUUGUUCACCUAACAAAUUUUUGAUAAAUAUUAAUAAAAAAAAUAUAUAAUGUAUAUAUGUAUACAUUCAAUCAAUAUAAAUAUUGGAGUAUAUAUGAUUUCUUCUCACAAAAAUAAAUAAUUUAAUACAAAAUAUUUUUCUUUUGAGAUUUUAUAGUAUAUUAAAAAAUAAUAAUAUUUUAUUAGUUAGAGAUAUUUUAAUAUUAAUAUAUAAUUAUUUUUUAAAAAAUAGAAAAAAAAAAAAAGAAAUUUUAAAAUGAGACAGACGAAAAUAGUAAAAUAGAUACUUUGAAUUAAGACGAAAGAGGGUGCAUUUUUAUGUAAUUUUUCAUACCAAAUAUAAAAAAAAUAGAUCAUACUAAAACCCUAAACGAAAAAAUCCAUUAUUAUUAUUGUCUAUAUAAUCACAUCAAAUCAAAUCUUGCUAACCUCUUUGGUUAUUCAAUUCAAUUCUUUUCAUUUCAUGCCACCAUCUUGAUCUUCUGUCGUCAUUAGCAAAUUCAACAGCUCUGUAGAAUUUGAAGCAUUUUUCAACCAAGUUUCUAUCCCUUCCGGCUCGUUGCUCCUCGACCAUUACCAUCAAUCAUCGAUCAAACGGAUAGCAGCUAAUCAUCAGUUUGAGUCGAAUAAUUUCAUCUCUUCACCAAGGCUGGCGAUAUCAGGUAUGAUUCCUCCAUUGCAGUUUCUCACUGCACCAUCGCCCACUAAAUCUUUCAGUAUUGUGGUUGGAUCUCUGGCUCCACCGCGCUGCAACAAUUUUGUUCGGAGUUCAGAUCCUGCAGUAACUGAUAACGGCUCUUGCUGUAACAUCUUUACCCAGAUUGUCGCCGCAAAGCAUUUUGCAUACAAG